CGCAGUAAUGACGAGUCAAUUGUAGAAAAUAUACCUAUAAUGUAUAAUAGUAAUCCAGAAAUUUCGAGAAUAAAUCUUCGUAACCUUUGUAAAUUGUGAAAGCUGACCAUUGAUAAAUUGUCAUCCAACGUUUCUAAUUCUCACUAAAAACAUUUAGUUAAUUAUCAGUUAAACUAAUUAUCAAUUAAUUACUUUUUAAAAGUGUUAUAAAAAGUUAAAAUGUCUCUCUUUGGAUCGCUGAUGGGUGAUAUUGAAGACGACCCAAUUUUCGGGUCACACAUGCAAUCGAUGAAUAGCAUGAUGAACUUCUUCAGCAAUCCCUUUGGCAUGAUGACACCAGCCCUUAUGGGCCCAGGCCAGGACAUGAUGAACCAGCGCCGUCAUCCUGCUGCUCCUGCUAGAAACAUUCAUAACCAGAUGAUGCCAUUCGGGUUUCCAAUGCCGCCGAUGAAUAUGAAUGCUAUGUUUUCUAAUUUUGAUAAUAUGGCCGGAAGUAAUUGCAUGACAUCAACAUCAAUAAUGACCUACACAAACGGUCCCGAUGGCCGUCCCCAAGUGUACCAAGCUUCUAAAUCAAUGCGCGCUGGUCCAGGUGGAGUAAAGGAGACCAAAGAAUCCGUUUUCGACUCACGCUCAGGCACCAAGAAGAUGGCCAUCGGCCACCACAUUGGCGAGAGAGCUCACAUUAUUGAAAAAAAGAAGGAUCUUCGCAACGGUGAUGAAGAAGAGCAUCAGGAAUUUAUAAAUCUUGAAGACGAUGAAGCAGAUAAGUUUAAUCAGGAAUGGGAGCAACGUAUCCGUAGCCAUGGACGCGGAAGUCGCAACGAUGCUCAAGCAGCUAUUGAUUACUCACCCCAUCACCGAAGACAUCAUCAUCAUCAUCGUGGUGGUGGUGGACAAUUGGCACUCACUGACGGUACAACAAGACAAAAUGAACGAUCUAGAGUACCAAGUACAAGACGAAGUAUACGAUCAUUAACAAGCAAUAGUAGAAAUAAAGUCAGUGAUAGUCAAGUUGAUGAUAAAACUGAGUCUGAUGAUAAACCAAAAGCUGCUGAGACUUCAGGAAGACGAAAACAUGAAGAUGAUAAUGAAGAGGAUGAAGAUAAUGAUAAUAAUAAGAAAAAACGACACUUGUCUUCUAGCGAUGAUUAAUUACUGAGCAAUAAAUUACAACUUGCGUCUAUUAUUAAUAAUAAUAAUAAUUAAUCACUAUUAAUAUUUAAUUAUUCUAGUUAAAUAGACGUAAAUUGUCAACUCAGAUCUUCAAAAUUAUAAAACUCAACUAUUGAUAUUCCAAUUUUUUUUUUCAAUCAUGAGUAUUAAUAUAUAUAUAUGUACAUAUAUACAUAUAUAUAUAUAUAUAUAUAAUAGUAAUUCUUCAUUAUAUAUCUUCCAAUUUUUUUAAUUUCUUAAAAAAAUUUAAUUAAUUAAUUUGCAAAUACAUAUUUUUUUUUAGUUAAUUAAUUUAAAAAAAAUUAAUGAUCCUGAAAUUAGAAGACAAUUCGAAAUUUGAUUUUUUUUUCAACAAAUCAAUGGAAAAAACAAUAUACACAUGCAGAAAAUUAAAAAAACUACAAGUGUAAUUUUUUUUAACUUAUCGAUUUUGAAAAAAAUUCAAAAUUUAUACGUCGGCUAAUUUCAGUAUCAUAUAUCUACUGAUAUAUUGAUGUGCUCAUAUAUGAUAUGUAUAAAUAAGUAUGACUACAUAAAAUUUAUAUUUUUUCAGUCAUAAAUAUUUAUAUAAUUUACAUAUAUGAUAUCUGAUUUUUUUUUAGCGACCAUUUAAAAUACGAUUUUUUUUACGUUAUGUUAAAAUUUAUAAUAAAUAAAAUAAUUAAUUAAAAAAAUAACAUUUGGGAGAAUUAUCGCAGUGUUUAAAAUAAUUAAUUAAUUUGAUAAUUUA